GGUAGCCUUGUCUUCCUCCUCCCUGCAGUGGGCCGUGUCCCUUAUUGUGCUGUGGCUGCUGCGCCUCGCCGCGGACGUCAUCCUGGCCGACAGCUCGGCGGCGCAGCGCAUCCCGCUGCGCCAGUUGCUGGGCAUCUACUCGUGCCUGUGGGGCGCGGUCUUCUUCAUGUGCCGCACGCGCGCGGCGCUCGAGGCCCUCGCCCCCAUGCUGGCCGUGGCCGGCGAGCUCGAGCGCUGGGGCGCCGCCGAGACCAAGGUGGCCGGCAUCACCAAGACCGUGUACGAGAACCCGGACUCGGCGGUGUCGCGCCUCCUCGAGAGCAACUGGCGGCACGGCCGCGCGGUCGUCUGGAGCCUCUACGUCGCACACACGGCCGCGCUGCUCCUCGGGAUAUACGCGUACUACACCAUGCUGGCCGUGCUCUUCUCCACUUUCGGCUCGUGCUCGGCGCUGUUCCGCGCGCUCGGCGCCGAGAGCGGGUGCGCGGCGAGGCGCGGGGCCGCCGCCGUCGCGUUCCUGGCCGGGCAGCACGCCCGCCUCCUGGACGCGGCCCGCCGCGCCCGCCUCCUGUUCGCCGACCUCUUCGCCCACAUCGUGUCCGCCCUGCUCACGCUGCCGCUCCUCGGUACGGCCGAGCUGCUCGUCAACAUCAAGGACGUGGACAGCCUGACCCUGGCCACCUUCGCCGUCAUCGCCACCAUAUUCAUGCCCAUGUGCCUCGCAGGCCAGGAGCUGGAGGACUCGAGUGCGGCCGUGCGGGAGCGCCUGUACGAGGGCCCCUGGCUCCAGGAGGACGCCGCGACGCGGCGCGCGCGCGCGCACUUCAUGCUGGGGGCCGGCUGCAGAGCCAGGAUGGCCUUCGGUGGCCUCGGCUCGCUCAACGCCGCGUCCUGCCUGCACGUCGUCAACCGCUGGUUCAGCCUGCUCAACGUCUACAUCAACACGAACGCGCGCCACACGGCCGAGCCGCCGCCGCCGCUCUAGUGCUCGCUGUUGGUGGCCCGGGGCCUGCGGGAGCGGGUGCGCGUCGACCAUGGCCGACCUAGCAGACCGACAGU